AUGAAUCAGAGUCCUAGGAAACCGGGACGACCGCCAAAACCCCCUCAAAGUAACCCCAGCUUUCUUCCACCAUCACCCACGGUGACACGCUUGGGGCUCGCUCCUUUCAUCCAGCCGUCUGUACCCAACCUGCAUCAGAGUCCUGGUGCGCCGGUAAGGCCGUCAAAGAAGCACAAGCUGGGAUUGGAAGCAAACAACCCGUAUUACCCUUACGCCUACGUCAAAGAUAUCGAGAGAUAUGAGAAGUCGAAACGUCCCAAGUCCAUGGAUUUUGUGAUCGACUACCUCGCAAAGAAAGGCUACCACAAAACAGAAGCCACCCUUCGGGCUGAAUCAGCAAAUCAAGAAGUUCCCAAAGACGCAGAAUUGAAACCAACACCUUCCGGGCCUCCGCGAUACUAUGAGAUGUUUGUACGGCUACAAGCAUGGACUGAUGACGCGCUCGACAUCUACAAACCAGAAGUCAAGCGACUGCUCUGGCCUAUUUUUGUCUAUUCGUACCUUGACCUUAUCAAACAAUUCUACCCGAAAGAAGCCCAUCGGUUGUUUCAAAAGUUCUCAGAGGAUUUCAAGAAGGAGCAUGAAUACGACCUCAGAGGGCUUGAGCACAUUUCCCUACCGGAACAUGGCGAAGAUAAAAUCGCAAAGAUUUACCGCGACAACAAAUACCGUCUGUCCCUCAGCAAUCCGGCAUACGUCUACUUCAUGCAAUUCCUCGAGACUCUCCCCCAAGCAGGCUACAGACUCUUCAUGAAUAUCGUAGAAAACAAUUUGGACCUACGACAAGUCGAGCGUGCAGCAGACGAUCGCUUCAGUUUUGCCUCCGUGAUCCAGCGAGGGAUUGACGGCCAAGAUAUGCCCGCCGAAGACGAAGGCAUCCCAGGUCACAGACCGGGAAAUGCCGUCUCUUCAACAGACCCAAACGUCGGAAACAAUCUAGCGACCCUCAAACUUGGCAAAUUACCCAUGGACAAGGAUGCCGAAGGGGAUGUUCGCGCCGAACUCGAGGAACUAGAUCAGAAGAUAUCUCCCUAUCCAGGUCAGCCUACACUUGUCCAAACCCAUGAUUUGGUCAAUAUCAAGCAGGAAGACGAAGACGAGGGCCCCAAUCGAGCCGAGAUUCCAUUCCCAGUAUCUACUGCUCGGGAUGUGGCCAUGGAGGUCCAAAAGAUUCGCGAAAACCGCGACCGCCUCAAGAUCGAGUCUCGUACUGGCGGCAUCGGCCCCGGGAUUAGCGUGGUAAUGUACACAUUCCACAAUACACACGACUCGAUCUGCUGCAUGGACUUCAGUGGCGAUCAGCGACUGAUUGCUGCGGGCUUCUCGGAAUCAUAUAUCCGCAUCUGGACCAUGGACGGCUCUGCUCUAGGCCCCCCCGCACCAAGCGGUCAACAACAGAACUCCCAACGUCUCAUCGGCCACUCUGGACCUGUGUAUGCGGUCGCCUUCGCGCCCUCGACAGACAAGCCUAGCCCAGAUUCCCCAGACACAGAUUCAAAAUGGCUCCUGUCGUGUUCCGCAGACAGUACCAUCCGCCUGUGGAACCUCGACGUCUUCCAGUGCUUAGUCGUUUACAAAGGCCACGUGGGUCCCGUCUGGUCAGUGGUCUGGGGACCAUUUGGACAUUAUUUCGCAUCCUGCGGCCAUGACAAGACGGGAAGAAUCUGGUCGACCGAUAAAAUUCGCCAACUGCGGCUUUUGGCGGGCCACGACGACGAUGUGGAUGUCGUCGCUUGGCAUCCUAACUCGGGCUAUGUGUUCACUGCAAGUUCAGAUAAAACGGUCAGAAUGUGGAGCUUGAAUAACGGAAAUGCCGUGAGGAUGUUUACCGGCCACACAUCGACCAUCACAGCACUGGCCUGUUCUCGAAACGGCAAGAUCCUCGCUUCGGCAGACGACACUGGAGUCAUACUGCUCUGGGACCUAGGACCGGGAAGACUACUUAAGAAAAUGCGCGGUCACGGUAAAGGAGGCAUCUGGAGUCUGAGUUGGUCUGCUGAAUCAACAGUGCUGGUGAGUGGCGGCGCGGACUGCACUGUGAGGGCAUGGGACGUUACAGGUCCGGCAAAGGAAGCUGCAGCAAGUACCACCACGGCGGGUGGAGCGACCACAAAUAAACCAGGCGAUGGCCUAACAACGGCGCAGGGCGGAGGUACAAUACAGGAUGGAGUUCCCAAAUCUGCCGGAGGCACCAACGCUCCGACGUCGAAUUUGAACCUCACUUCGGGUACGGUGACUGGUGCAGCGGGCGUGGGUGCUGGUGUUGGUACCACGAGUGUCAGUGGUGUUGGCAUCGCUGGAAUGCAGGGUGGCAAGAGACGCGGUAAGGACGCGGUCGUCACCAGCGAUCAAAUCAGCGCGUUCCUCACCAAGCAGAGUCCCGUCUAUAAGGUCAAAUUCACCAAUAUGAACCUCGUGCUUGCCGGAGGUGCUUACUUGCCGGAACAGGCGAAGUAA